GCCUCUUGCAGCACUCUGCGCCCAGCGGAGGGCAUUCUUCCGGAACUCCGUCCUGCACGUCUGCGGCACCUCGCCCACCAAAAAUCGACAACUCCACAAAAAAGACAUCCCACCUUUUGGGUUAAAUAGCUCCUGCGUGCCACGCUGUCUUGUCGUGAUAUACUGUAGGUUCUUCUAUCUAAAACAACUGCUUCACCAAGACUACGCCGCUAGUCUUUUUUCAUUCACAAUGGAAGCCAUUAAGCAGACCUUCCAGCGCUGCAAGGCCCAGAACAGGCCUGCGCUGGUCACAUACGUCACUGCUGGUUUCCCCAGCACGGACUUGACGCCUGAGAUCCUCCUUGGUCUUCAAAGAGGCGGUGCCGAUGUCAUCGAAGUCGGCGCUCCAUUCACCGACCCCAUUGCCGACGGCCCUACGAUUCAAAAGGCCAACACUGUUGCGCUUGAGAAUGGCGUCAACAUGACCUCCACCCUCGACAUGAUCAAGUUGGCUCGCAGCAAGGGCUUGCAUGUCCCUGUGCUCAUCAUGGGCUACUAUAACCCUUUCUUCAAGUACGGAGAGGAGCGUCUUCUCGCUGACUGCAAGGCUGCCGGUGUCAACGGCUUCAUCGUUGUCGAUCUACCCCCCGAGGAGGCUGUCGAUUUCCGCAAGUUCUGCACCAAGGGUGGUCUCUCCUACGUCCCGCUCAUCGCUCCCUCUACCUCGGAUGCCCGCAUGAAGAUUCUCUGCCAGCUCGCCGACUCCUUCAUCUAUGUUGUUUCUCGAAUGGGUGUCACCGGUGCCACUGGCUCUCUCGGCAACGGCAUCCCCGAGCUCCUCACGCGUGUCAAGACAUUCAGCGGCAACACUCCUCUGGCUGUCGGUUUCGGUGUCAGCACUCACGAGCACUUCACCAGCCUCGCUCCCAUUUCGGAUGGUAUUGUUGUUGGUAGCCAGAUCAUCACAACCAUUAGCAAGGCCGCCGCUGGUGCGGAGGCUGCAUCCGUCGAAGCGUACUGCUCGGAACUCUGCGGUCGCUCCAUCGCUUCCAUUCAAGCUGACACCUCGAGCAGCAUUGAAGGCAAGACUCCUACCGUCGAUGCUGUCAUCACUGAGGCACAAGACACUGCCUUGGUUGCCCAGCUCUCCGCUCUCCAUGGCAAGAUCCCCGACCGAUUCGGCGAAUAUGGUGGCCAGUACGUCUCCGAGGCCCUGAUGGACUGCUUGUCCGAGCUUGAGGAGGGCUUCAACAAGAUUAAGGACGACCCUGCAUUCUGGGAGGAAUACCGCUCUUACUACGACUACAUGGGUCGUCCCUCUCGCCUGCACAAGGCUGACCGCUUGACUGAGCAUGCUGGUGGUGCCAACAUCUGGCUCAAGCGUGAAGACUUGAACCACACUGGUAGCCACAAGAUCAACAACGCUAUUGGACAGCUUCUUCUGGCCAAGCGUCUCGGCAAGACCAAGAUUAUUGCCGAGACCGGUGCCGGCCAGCACGGUGUGGCCACUGCCACCAUCUGUGCCAAGUUCGGUAUGGAAUGCACUGUCUUCAUGGGCGCUGAGGAUGUCCGUCGCCAGGCCCUUAACGUAUUCCGCAUGAAGCUUCUCGGUGCCAAGGUUGUUGCUGUCGAGGCUGGCAGUAAGACUCUCCGCGAUGCUGUCAACGAGGCCCUCCGCUCUUGGGUCGUCGACCUCGACACCACCCACUACAUCAUCGGAUCUGCCAUUGGUCCCCAUCCUUUCCCUACCAUUGUCCGUACUUUCCAGUCUGUGAUUGGUGAGGAGACCAAGCAGCAGAUGAUGGAGAAGCGCGGCAAGCUCCCCGAUGCCGUUGUCGCCUGUGUUGGCGGCGGCAGCAACGCCACCGGCAUGUUCUACCCGUUCUCCAAGGACCUCAGCGUCAAGCUCAUUGGUGUUGAAGCCGGUGGCGACGGUGUCGAGACUGAGAAGCACAGCGCCACACUUACUGGUGGCAGCAAGGGUAUUUUGCACGGUGUGCGCACCUACGUUCUGCAGGAUGAACAUGGCCAGAUUAUCGAGACUCACUCUGUCUCUGCUGGCCUUGACUACCCUGGUGUCGGCCCCGAGCUCAGUGCCUGGAAGGACAGCGGCCGUGCCCAGUUCAUUGCUGCUACCGAUGCGCAAGCCUUUGAAGGUUUCCGUCUGAUGAGCCAGCUGGAGGGUAUCAUCCCCGCGCUGGAAAGCGCCCACGGCAUCUACGGUGCCAUUGAGCUUGCCAAGACGAUGAAGAAGGAUGAGGACCUUGUCAUCUGCGUCAGUGGUAGAGGUGAUAAGGACGUACAGAGCGUCGCAGAGGAGCUACCAAGACUCGGCCCUCAAAUCGGCUGGGACUUGCGCUUCUAAACAAAGCUCUCCAGCUAUCAAAACCGACAUAAAUCAAGACGGCACCUAAUAGAACCAUUACAAAAAAAAGGGAACAAGACAUAUUCAGGGACGGCGUUUACUGGGGCUAUACAGGAGGAAAAUAUCCUAUGCUACUAGCAUAUCUUGCCAUUUUAAUGUAAAAAAAGAGACAAUGAGAAAAGAAUAUUCAUAUCUAUAAACACACAAGAGUUGUACAAGUGAGGAUGCUUCCGUUCGCAUCCAUCUUUUUUUCUUCACCCCCAUCAACUUCAUACAGUAGUUUCCUUUGUCUUGACAGGUUCUGUGACGCCGUCUUCAAGACCAAGCGCUCCAUUGCUUUCCAACUCGGCAAUCAAUCUAGCCUCCUCUUCAUCAGAAAGUUCCUCGACGCCCUCCACAUCGGCAAGGUCCUCGUCACCGAGGACAAACUCGCCGGAAAGCGCAUACUGCAUCUCAGCAAUUGUAUGCUUGCUCUUCAAGCUGAGGUUACCCGGGGUGGCAUAGUCGAGCAUCAGGCUAACAAUAUCGCUCUUGUCCUCAAUGGGACGGGGCUCAAGGCCCAGCGCCACGCGCUCCUUGUUGAAUCGCUCCUGCACCUCGCGCGUCUGCAUCAGCAGCCAGCGGAGGUUCCAUCCGCCUGGGCCCAGCUCCUUGAGGCGUGCCGUCUUCGACUUGAGCAGGUAGUUGUCCAGGCCGCCCUCGCGACGGAUCGUCUUGAGCACGCGCAGGGUCAGACGGACCUUGACGUUUGCGCCGAGCGCCGGCACGAAGAAGGUCUUGCGGUGGACAUUGGGGCGCCAGUAUCGUCUGGUCUUGUUCUUGUACUUUUCAGCCACGACAUUGCCAAAACGGAUGCGGGCAUUGCCAUACAGGCCCCGGUUCGACUGCUUGAAGAUGCGGCGCUCGCCGUAUGGGUAAGGGGGGAUGAAUUGCGCGGGCAGGCGGUGCGUCUUGAUGGAUUUUGUGGCGAGGGAGGAUGUUGUAGAGAAGGCUCGCAGCGGUGAGGCGCUUUGCUGCGCAAGAAGAUGUGUCGGGGUGCGGGCGAGGAGCGCGCGUGAGCACGCUAUUGUGUGAUGGUUCAUGAUGGCGCCAGGGAGGGAACCCGGCUUACUGAGGCGGGCGGUCGUCAAAUUGGGCUUGUGGUUUAUUGGACGGGGAUUGAUCGAGAGGUCCUGGGAGAAUGGUGCAGGUUCGAGGUGCGGCGGGCGUAAGGGCGGUCGUUGGAUUUUGUCGAAAGGUGGUCGUGGUGAUGCUCUUGCGCCUAAGAAAUUUGAUGCCAGG